AUGACAUUUCAUUUAAGGAACGGCAAGUCAUACUCUUCAUUGGCGCCCAACUCAGUGGCCUCGAAUCUCGCCGACGAACCGACAAGCGUGCACAAAAUGGCGACAUUUUCGCUCGAGCAAUUCUCCCAAAUACUAGAAGCGAUUUCCAGCGGCGGUAAAAACGGUUCUUUUACACAAUGCACGUCGCGCUUUAGAGGACAACGGGAUCCAGUAGCGGUAGAGGAAUUUGUUGCUGCUAUUACAGUAUACAAAGACAUCGAGAAAAUUCCUGAUGCUGAUGCGCUACGCGGUAUGCCACUUUUACUCGAGGAUUAUGCUGUGACUUGGUGGAUAGGUGUGAAAGAAUCCGUGUCAACAUUCGCCGACGCCAUAGAGUUAUUACGUGCGACAUUUUCUCCUCCAACGCCUGAUUGGAAAACUUAUUUAAGUGUUUUUGAACAUAAGCAACAAGUGCGCGAAGCCUCUGAUAGCAUUAUUUGCAAGAAGCGGUUGUUGUUCUCACAAUUGAAAGACACCGUCAGCGAAGGGGUGCAACUAAAUAUGAUAUACGGCCUCCUGUCAGUGAAGAUAAGAGAGCGCGUGCAUCGUGAUGCAUUUUCGACGUUCGAUGAACUCCUAUCACGUUGCCGAGAUGCGGAAUUGUUUCUGGCUGAAUCCAAUCAACUUCCGGCGCUAACAUCGACGAUGCCGUUUCCCCAGAAAUAUCUCCUGAAAGAAACUAUGGACCAGCAGUAA